AUGGGGGAACUGCGUCAAGUGCUGAGGCAGAUCAAUGAGUCACUUUCACAGACGGACGCCGCGCUAGACCGGCUGCAGCAGACGUACGAAGCCGGCCCUGCAGCAGACGAGGCCGUGACUGCCCUGGCUGCGAAGAGUGGCACCGAAGCGGGCAGCGAUAAGGUGUCGCUGCUGUCGCUGAAGAACGGUAGUAUGCUGGCAUACGUGAGCAGCCUGCUGCUCCUAGUGGGCGAGAAGCUAUCGCCGGAGGGCAGCACAGGCGAGCGCGGGCGUGCCGGCGCGAUCGAGCAGCGGGUGUGCUUGGAGCGCGGCAUCAAGCCGCUGGAGAAGAAGCUGGGCUAUCAACUGGACAAGCUGACGCGCGCGUACGUGCGGCUGCAGAAGGAGCACGCGGCAGCGGCCGAGCGCGCACGGGCGCGCAGCGAGGCGGACGCGAACGCGGACGCGGACUCGUCGGAUGAGGAGGACGAGGAGGCACUGAGCUACAGGCCCAAUGCGGGUGCGCUGGCGGCCGCGGCCGCGCCAGGCGGGGGCCGCGGCGACGAGCGUGGCGGGACGUAUAAGCCGCCCAAGAUCGCCGCAGCUCUUCCGCCACAGCGGGGACAGCACUUCGAGGACCGCUUCAACGCACAGGACCACAAGGACCGCUCGUCGCGCUCGCGGAUGCAGGCAAUGGACGAGUUCAUCCGCGAGCAGGCCGACAGGCCCGAGUGGGAGGCCUCUGUGGGCGCGAACAUUGUGGACCACGGGAAGGGCGGGAUCAAGUCUGCCAGAGACCACGACCGUGACAGCGAGAUGACGCGCUUCGAGGAGGAGAACUUCACGCGCCUGAACUCGGUCGGCAACAAGGCCGAGAAGCGCAAGGCCAAGCAGCGCGAGCGCUUUGCCAAAGUCAGCAUGAUCGGCGGUGAGGACUUCAGCAUCUUCAGCUCGAAGCGCCGCCUCGAGGACAGCACUGCCAGAAAGGCACACAAGAAACCCCGCAGCUCUUGGGACAGAGCCAAGAAGAAGCUUUAG